UGACGUCAGCGCCUAUGCGAGCACCGUUCUGGUGCCAGGAACUAGGCAGCGAAGUAGAGAGGGAAGGAGGAAACCUGGAAGGGAAUAAGAUACCACACCAAAACAACAGGAAUCAUCUUGGAAAAAAGCCUUUCGUCUUUUAAAUAUGGCUACAAAAGCAGAAGAGUGAAAUCGGAGGGCUUUUGAGCAUGCUGGCUGGCUGAUGCAAAACCCGAUUGCCAGCUGCUCCUGGAUCCGCUCAUCGAAGUUUUGGCUGAAGAAGUUCACAGCGGUACGACAAGUUAUUAACGCUAUAAUCGGGGCAGUCGUCUCCCUCUGAUACAGCCUAACAAGAAAAAGAGAAGACAUGGUGUCCUGGAUCAUUUCGAGAAGCGUUGUGCUGCUGUUUGGGACGCUGUAUCCUGCAUACUAUUCCUACAAAGCUGUCAAGACCAAAAAUGUCAAGGAAUAUGUCCGGUGGAUGAUGUACUGGAUUGUAUUUGCCCUCUACACUGUGGUGGAGACUGUCACUGACCUAACACUAGCAUGGUUUCCUCUGUACUACGAGCUGAAGGUAGCUUUUGUGAUCUGGCUGCUGUCCCCCUACACCAGAGGAGCAAGUCUUAUUUACAGGAAGUGUUUGCACCCUCUGCUGUCCUCCAGAGAGCGGGAAAUAGACGAGUACAUUGUGCAGGCCAAGGAGAGGAGCUAUGAAACCAUGGUCAACUUUGGCAAGCAGGGACUGAGCAUCGCAGCCACCGCCGCCGUCACUGCAGCCGUCAAGGGUCAGGGGGCCAUCACAGAGAAGCUGCGUAGCUUGAGUAUGCAUGACCUGACUCAGAUUAGCCAGCAGGACGACGGAGGAAACCAGCUGUACCAGUACAGCUCCCACUCAGCCAACCCAGCCGUCAGGAGGUCCCAGAGUGGCGACGCUGCAGACGGAGCUGAGUACUUUUAUGAGCAGGAGGAAAGGACGGAUGAAGAGGCUGAGCCGACCUUCUCUGAAGACGAGGCCGUCACUCAGAAAGGACUGAGGCGAUCGCAGAGCGUCAAGAUCUCACGAUCCAGAGUCCGCAAAGACGCUCGUUAUGGAUCACUGAAGAUUAAAGGCAAGAAGAGACCAGCACUGAGCUCUGUAAACUACGGACUGUGAAGAGACUGCUGCUGACACACACACACACACACACACACACACACACACACACACACACACACUGAUUGGUGGAUGGUAACGUCAGCUUGUUUUCCAGCUCUGACUUUUCACUCUGCUGAACUUUUUGAUGACAACCUUUCUGCUGACAUAUUUAUUACCUGAUUCAUCCGAAACCAGUGGCUCUUGGAGACUUUGCUCUCAGAGAACUUUAAUCAUUUUCUUUGGGUUGGUAGGAUUGGAGCGUGUGUCUGUUUCAUCAAACUUUCAUUAGGGUUGCAGAUGUUUUAUGUACGUUUAGUCUUUCUAAUGUAGUCAGCAUUUGGUUUCAUUUCAUACAAGUUACUUUCAUUUACUGCUGCCUUACAGCACAGUUGUAAACCAUUAAUAAGAACAACUUUUGGGUUGCCAGGUUGAGAAAAAUCCCUUUAGUUCUUGUUCAUUCUCUUCCAAUGUGACUCUUCGCCUUGUCUGUUUAGCCUCAUCUAUAGUGUCCCAGUAGGUUUAUCAGAUGGAAAUCUAGUACAAAAACACACUUGAUAGAUUGUUUCUUUACUUUUUAGUGCCUUGGCAAAGAGUUAGAAGUACAACUCUUCAUUAAAACUCAGAUUUUUUUGGUAAACGUGCUUUAUGAAGUCAAAUUUGAUGGCAGCAUUAGCAGCACACCUGACAGUAGAUUUUCCAGCUGUACUCUUGUUCCUGCAGGUCUGAUAGUGGCCACAGUUAGCAAGCUUUGGUUAGAAAUGUGCUGAAACAGACGGCGUUUAGUUAGUUAAUGCUACAUGCUGCUGUGCUUUAGCGUGUUGCUAAUACAGCUCAAGGAAAAUCAGUGCCUCCUGUUCACAGAAAUGUACAGUCUUACUUUGGAGGGACAGUUUAGCAGUGGAUCAGAUAGCUGUGGGUAAUGUUCAAAGAUCUUUCAAAGAAUCACAGCUCCAUAGUUCCCCUCAGCUGGACUGAGCUUCAUAGUGAACCGAAAUUAAACCAAAAAGUUUCUAUGCAUGGACUAAAAGUGGAAUGAGCUUCUAGAGAUUUGUGAGCAUUUGGAGCUACAAACUUGACAUAACUUGACAAACCAAAACUUGCUUUAUGAAUGGCUUCUAAGUGAGCAGAUGUUUUAUUUUAUUAUUCAUUUAGUUGUUUUCUUUUAGCUUAAAGCUCCGUUAUAGCAUCCUCCUUUUCAAAUGCAGCACAGUUCCUCCUGUUGCUGUUCAGGUAUUUUCGUUCCUCGUCGGCCCUCUGACGGUAGUGUUGAGUCUGUUAACUUAUACAUGUAGACUAUUUUUAGCGUGUAGGUUCAGACACUCGUAACAUUCCCUGCCCCAGCGCUAACAGUAAGAGCUACGACCUGAACGUUUGUCCCUUACAUCAGAGCUGAUUGAACGAAUCACACGUGGAAAUGAGCCUUGAGACAGCAGGUUAGCCUGCUCUCUUCAAGUAACGGUGGUUGCAGCAGAUACAGUAACGUGUUCUUUUUAAUACAUGAUGAAAGCUGCCUUCUUUCAAACAGAAACAGUGUGACUCUCAAACAGCAGCAGAUGAACACUACACCUUACUCUGGCAUCGACAGAUGAGAGAGAGAGGAAGGAAAGUGGGAACCAAAUGAAUGAAAGAAGGAUUCUUUCAGGUUUCUGUGAGAAACUGCUUCAGCCUUUGUGAAGGCCGUCAACACCUACUCACUAUUAAUGAGAAUUUCUUAAUUUUCUGCUUUUUACUCGUGCAUUUUUAUACGACUGUGUGUCCUGAUUGCACCCUGGUUGUAAAGUUCUCACUGCAUUUCUUACUCGGUGAAGAUGGGCUUUUUUUAAAAUGUUGUUUUUGUGUGUAAUCUGUAGUGUUUUGUAUCGUAUCCACCUGUUUUGCACAUAUACCUCCUCCCAGACCUUUUUUAUCAAUGCUGUUGUUGCUUGUCAUCUCAUUUUGUAACGUACUUUCCUGUCGGAGGAUGGAGCACACGGGAUGGGCCAAACCAUUCCGGAUGCUAAUAUUAACAGCUACUUAUUGCGUUUUGGAGUGUAACAUGUUGUACAGCGCUACACUGCUCACAGGCUGCAGAAAGCUCCCUCAAAGGUUGCUCUGUUGAGGAGAGAGAGUCAAAGGGUCCAUUUAUGGUGUUUCUCUGGCAGAAACCCCUGAUGUGUCGGUGUGUUUCUGACUUUUAUCACAGGUCUGGGUAAACAGGCCCAGUGAACACAACAAGCCAAACUUGCACAUGUCCUAUGUUCAUUUUCAUAACUGACUAAUGAUACCAAAGCUUCGUGUUCCCACCCAGAGCUGUGUGGAUGGGCCUGUUUGAUCUGUGUGGGGAACAGUCUGGUGUGUGGAUUGCUGAAUUGUGAAAGCAAUGAAAUAAAGGCUGUCGAAUAAA